AUGCAAGACUCUCGAGCGGAAUCUUAUAUGGAACAUCACGAUCUAAAAAAUUUGUUCAACGAACUCGAAGGUGGUUUGCAGCGUCACCAGCCUAACGAUCCUUUAGACUAUAUUGUUGGUUGUGUGAAAACUGUUCAGCAAAUAAAGAGGGAGUCGAAAGGACCACUUUUGUACUCGAAACUCUUUGAAGAGUGUACUACUCAGAAACAUAACGCAGUUGUUAACGAUCAAUAUAACGAACAUACAUUAGAUACCUUAACAGAGUAUCCUCAGGAAGCAUUACCUCCUCCUUCUCACUAUAAUCCUUACCAACUAACCUUUGAUCAACAUGUUCCUCAUCAAGAUGAUCAAAGUCACCGUCGCUUCAUAAUACCUCAACACAAUCUCUCCGCUCGUUUUAUGCGUAAUCAUUCCUCUUCAGUAGGCAGGCGUGGCCGUCGUUCUUCUGUUAGUGCGGAAUCUAUUAAACCGUCUGAUGACCCUAAUGAUCGCUUAAUUAUUCCAAAAUCUGAUGAAAUCAAAAAGCGAAUUGAAGCAUCCACUUUUCAAAACUUGCUCUUUAAAAAUUUAGAUUGUGAAAUUAAGCAGCAAGUGUUUGAUGCUAUGUCAGAAGUAUCAGUGCAACAAAAUGAUGUUAUUAUCCGACAAGGAGACGAUGGCGAUUAUUUUUAUGUCAUUGAACACGGUCUUUUUGAAAUAUUUAUCGAUAAUAAGAAAGAACAACUUGAGCUUGGUGGUGGUACUAGUUUCGGGGAACUCGCCCUAAUGUACAAUGUCCCUCGUGCUGCUACUGUAAGAGCGAAAACCAAUGCUACUCUAUGGAGACUUGAUAGAGUUAAUUUUAGGAAGACACUUAGCAACUGUGCUUAUCGUAAACGAAAAACGUAUGAAACCUUUUUACGAUCGGUUAAUUUUUUUAAUUCGUUAACUCCAACGGAAAUUGUUAAACUCGCUGAUUCCUUGGAACCCUUUAAUUAUGAUGAUGGCGAAUGUAUCAUCACUCAAGGUGAUCCCGGUGAAUAUUUUUAUAUUCUUGAACAAGGACAAGUGAGCGUAAGUAGAAUUGAUGAAAAUGGUAUAGAACAAAAUUUUCCAAACCUUCAAGUGGGUGAUUAUUUUGGAGAACUUGCUCUUCUCAACGAUCAACCACGUAAAGCAACCGUCGUCGCAAGAGGUCCAGUUCGCGUUGCCGCUCUUAGACGUGACGCAUUCGUGCGAGUUUUGGGCCCUCUCAUCAAUUAUGAUCCCUCUUAUUCACCUGUUCCAUCAGGAUCACUUCAUGGGGAUAUUAACGUAUCAAAUCAUAAUAGUGGUGAUGAAGGUAUGGUUAUGGAUGAGGAUUGUUCCUCAACUUCUUCUACUACUACAAUCAAAUCGCCUUCUCUUACACCAUCACCUAAACCUGCCAAGAAAAGCGGUUAUAGUGGAGCCGGCGGAGUUGACGUAUUAUAA